AUGUGGAAAAUUGAGUCAUUUCUUUUAUCGAAGCUAUUCCUCUGUAUCGCUCUCUGCACAGCAUAUGUGGCUUUCAGCUCGGCCAUGAUGGAACCGGGCUUAUGGCUGCUGUCCCGACCCAUAGUCCCACUAAAUAGGACUUCGACUGUAUUCGGCCUCACGAUCGUGGCCAUUGGACUUUCAGCUCUGAGCUCAUGGCUAUCCAAGCUAACCCUAAACAACUUUACAAGCGAUGAUUCUUGGGAUUGGUCGCAAGAAAUUGUUGUUGUGACUGGGGCUUCAAGUGGUAUUGGUGCAGAGAUUGUUCGUCUUCUUGCCGAGCUGUCUAUUAAGACUUUUAUCCUAGACCCUGUUCCUCCAGAUAAUUCUGUCUUGAAAAAUGGUUCCGUUCACUACUACAAAGUCGAUAUAACGAAACCGAAAGAAGUUAGCGCUGCUGCAAGGGAGAUUCAAGUCAAGUUUAGUUCCCCUACCGUGCUUAUAAACAACGCAGGUGUAGGGCUAGCUAAAAACCUACUUGAUGAGAAUGAGACAGAGCGUCGACAUUUAAUGAACGUAAACUUAUUGUCGCAGUUUACAACAGUACAAGAGUUUCUUCCAGCUAUGAUAGAAAAAAAUCACGGCCAUAUUGUUACAAUGGCUAGUUCAGCUAGUUAUAUCUCUUCACCACAAAUCGUGUCAUAUGCAGCCUCAAAAGCAGCGCUCGUAGGUUUCCACGAAGGUCUAGGCAUUGAAUUGGUAAAGAGAUAUAAUGCAAAAAAGAUUAGAACCACGUUAGUUUUUGCCCCCCUACUAUGA